CCCUGGAUUUCCUGGAGAUGGAGGGUCAUGUUUAUGACCGGUUUGGAGAUGGGGAGAGGGACAAUUACCAAAUAGACUACCGGAGGAUUGUAGGGGACAUGGAACCAGCACGGCCGCGCAUCUCAAACAGAGAUGGGGAACAACCUCAUCCCUACGGGGCCUAUGCCCACCCAACGCCGCACGGACAUGGGCAUGAGACUGCAGCCCAGCGAUACAGUGCUACACGUAUCCAAGCUGGAUAUGAACCAGAGAGCACGGCAGACUACUUGAUCAGUGGAGGCACAGGUUAUGUUCCUGAAGAUGGCUUAACUGCACAGCAACUCUUUGCUAUUGGUGAUGGACUUACAUACAAUGACUUCUUGAUCCUCCCUGGUUUCAUAGAUUUUACUUCUGAUGAGGUGGAUCUAACCUCUGCAUUGACAAGAAAGAUAACCCUUAAGACACCUCUUAUUUCAUCUCCCAUGGAUACAGUCACAGAGUCAUCCAUGGCCAUCGCCAUGGCAUUGAUGGGUGGGAUUGGAAUAAUUCAUCAUAACUGUACUGCUGAGUUCCAGGCCAAUGAGGUGCGCAAAGUCAAGAAAUUUGAACAGGGCUUUAUUACAGACCCAGUGGUAAUGAGUCCCCGACACACAGUGGGGGACGUGAUUGAGGCAAAGAUACGCCACGGCUUCUCUGGGAUCCCUGUUACAGAGACUGGCAAGAUGGGCAGCAAGCUGGUCGGCAUAGUCACCUCCAGAGACAUAGACUUUCUGUCUGAGAAGGACCAUGACAGACCCCUGGAGGAGGCAAUGACAAAAAGGGAAGAUUUAGUUGUUGCACCCGCUGGGGUCACACUAAAAGAGGCUAAUGAUAUACUGCAACGCAGCAAAAAAGGUAAGCUCCCCAUAGUGAAUGACAGUGAUGAGCUGGUUGCCAUCAUUGCUAGGACUGAUUUGAAGAAGAACAGAGAUUAUCCUCUGGCUUCCAAGGACUCCCGCAAACAGCUGCUGUGUGGAGCUGCUAUCGGUACGAGGGAUGAUGAUGAAUACAGACUGGACCUCCUCAUGCAAGCUGGAGUGGAUGUGGUAGUCCUGGAUUCCUCCCAAGGAAACUCAGUGUAUCAAAUCAACAUGAUAAACUACAUCAAACAGAAAUAUCCUGAACUACAAGUUGUUGGAGGAAAUGUGGUGACAGCUGCUCAGGCUAAAAACCUGAUUGAUGCUGGUGUGGAUGCCCUGAGGGUGGGCAUGGGGUGUGGCUCUAUCUGUAUCACCCAGGAAGUGAUGGCAUGUGGACGGCCCCAAGGUACAUCGGUUUACAAGGUUGCAGAGUAUGCCCGACGUUUUGGAGUGCCAGUAAUCGCUGAUGGAGGCAUUCAGACUGUUGGACAUGUGGUGAAGGCUCUGGCCCUGGGAGCAUCUACAGUGAUGAUGGGGUCAUUGCUCGCGGCAACCACUGAAGCUCCAGGAGAAUAUUUCUUUUCAGAUGGUGUGCGUCUGAAAAAGUACAGAGGAAUGGGCUCCUUGGAUGCCAUGGAGAAAAAUAACAGUCAGAAACGUUACUUCAGCGAGGGAGAUAAGGUGAAGGUGGCUCAAGGUGUCUCAGGAUCAGUACAAGAUAAAGGCUCCAUCCAUAAAUUUGUUCCUUACCUCAUUGCUGGUAUCCAACACGGCUGUCAGGACAUAGGAGCCAAGAGUUUGUCCAUUUUACGGUCGAUGAUGUACUCUGGAGAGCUGAAAUUUGAGAAGAGAACCAUGUCUGCUCAAAUGGAGGGAGGAGUCCAUGGCCUCCACUCAUAUUCUUUUGUGCCAUUUAUGAGAAGCGGCUUUACUGAGGCGGGAGGAAGAGGAAACACUCGAUCAGGACCUAACGUCCCAACCCCAGCAGCUAUGAGCAGAUGCACCGGGCGCAUGUGAUCAAACUACAAACACACAGUUGCUGUACAACAUCCACACUCUAAAAUCUGACACUGCUUCUCUGUGUCCUCCCCUCAUGUUCUCGUCUGUCCCAUCUCUGACCCCUUCAAGGAUAGACGAAACAACACACUUUAACCCGAGUCUGAAGUUCAAAGGAGAGCCUUUGAACUUCAGAUGCAGUCACGUCCGCACUCUUUAUCUGUCUUUCUCCCACUGUGGCCAAGGUGUAGUGAGAGUAAUGUAAUUAACUACUGAUCCCUUUCAAUAAGCAAACACGUGUCAAUAACUACUUUAGGACAAGCUUAUCAUUGCUGAUCUAUUGAGAGGCCCAUCUACUUGUUGGCCUCUGAAUUGCACCCUGAUACAGAAGAGUAUACAACAAACCUUGCAGAGGUGCAGCCUUAUAUUUCCAUGCUCAUUUAAUAUAUCACACAAGAUACUUUAUUUUUUGCAGGAAAUCAGGCAGUCAGAUACUUUAUUUACAGAAUAAAAGACACAUAAUAAAAAAGCAGCAUGUCGUUGGUAUAUUGUUUUAAAUGUUUAAAGUUUAAUUUCAUUAAUAGAGGAAAGUAACACAAAAGGUAAUUACUUUAAGACAACUUUCUGCUGAUAAUGAAAGCAGACUACAGAAGUGUAAAAUAAUUAUAUAAUAGAAUUAUAUAUAGCCAUGGUCACAUUUUAUAGCCUGCGACCUUGUGUAUAAAGCUUACUGAGCCAGGAGGAAACAGUAUAUACAGCAUAGUACAUAUAGCACAAUCAUGUUCUCAUUAUCUUCUUACUGCACUGGUUAGUUUUUGUUCAAGUAAAUUCAUUUCUCUGACAGGUGAAAAUGUGGCUGUUACAUGAUGGAUGCCCUGCAUGUAUCUCGCCCCCAGUCUAUGAGAAGAGACCAAAGCUUAACAUCAGCCUUAAUUCACAUAUACAUAUUUGUUACAAGGAGAGCUUUAAAGGAGCGACCAUGUGUAAUCUCAUUUUGGAUUUUCCUCUGUUCAUUUUAUUUGGCAUAGAAAAGGCUGGAUAACAAAAUGUUUGAGUGACAAAACAGGAGACCAUCCACCCUUAAAAUUUCAGUUAUCUGAUUAUAAUUCCAAACAUCGUCCCCCUUUUUAGAUUCAUAAUGCAAAUUAGUCACAUUUGCUUGACAUGUUGCGAUCUUCCAUAAUUUCAUUUUGCAAAAACACAUUAUUAAUUACAUGGCUACUGACUGUACACACUUACAUACAUAUUGUAGGUAGUUUGUAUUUUCUCAGGCUCAAUAUUUAAAAAAAUUAAAUGGUUAGUCAAUGAAAUAGGGCUAUGGAGUCAGUGCAUAAGGGUAGUAACAAACCAAUUGCAAGUGAUUUAUUUCUUUAUAGAAGUGUAGACAAAAGUUGAUUUAUCAGCUUCCAAUGCGAUUACAUAUUUUUCUGGUAUGUACUCAAUGUCUUUGGUAUUACAUAUGUCACUCUACGAUACACUCUGGAUUCUAAUUUUGCAAUAACUUGCAACCAAUUGAAUGAGCUAUUGUACUGGUUGACAAAUGUAUUUGACAGUUCCUUAAGAAUUUCUUAUUUGAGGGUUACAGAAAAUACAGAAAAUAUAUGUCCUCUUCUAUCACCCAACCUAACUAGAUUUCAAAAUUAUAUUUACUGUAAAUAGUGUUGCAUAAAUAAAGAUAACAUUGACACUGGCA